GUCGAAGUCACACACUCUCUCUCUCUAUCUCGUAGGUCCCUUCACUUGCAUCUAUAUCCAAACGGUGAUCGGAUCCGGUGCGAGCAGCACCAUCACGCAGGAUGCAGUACAAGAACCUUGGGAGAUCGGGUCUGAAGGUGAGCCAACUCUCGUACGGCGCGUGGGUGAGUUUCGGAAACCAACUGGACGUGAAGGAAGCGAAGUCGCUCCUGCAGUGCUGCCGCGACAACGGCGUGAACUUCUUCGACAACGCUGAGGUGUACGCGAAUGGGCGGGCCGAGGAGAUAAUGGGCCAGGCCAUUCGGGAGCUGGGCUGGAAGCGCUCCGACAUCGUGGUUUCGACGAAGAUCUUCUGGGGCGGGCAAGGCCCAAACGACAAGGGCCUCUCCCGCAAGCACAUCGUGGAAGGCACCAAGGCCUCCCUCAAGCGCCUCGAAAUGGACUAUGUCGACGUCAUCUACUGCCACCGCCCUGAUUCCUCCACCCCCAUCGAGGAAACCGUGAGGGCCAUGAACCACGUCAUCGACAAGGGUUGGGCCUUCUAUUGGGGCACCAGCGAGUGGUCCGCCCAACAGAUCACCGAGGCCUGGGCCGUAGCCCAGCGACUGGACCUCAUUGGCCCAGUCGUUGAACAGCCUGAGUAUAAUCUCUUGUCCCGACAUAAGGUGGAAGCUGAGUUUCUUCCUCUUUACUCUAACUAUGGUUUGGGACUCACUACUUGGAGCCCUCUGGCUUCUGGAGUGCUCACUGGCAAAUACAAGAAAGGAGUUAUACCGCCAGAUAGUAGAUUCGCAUUGGAAAAUUACAAAAAUCUGGCAGCUCGGUCGCUGGUUGAUGACGUGCUGCGGAAGGUUGAUGGAUUGAAACCAAUAGCGGAUGAACUUGGCGUGCCGUUGUCACAGCUUGCGAUUGCGUGGUGCGCUGCUAAUCCUAAUGUUUCAUCUGUUAUCUGCGGUGCUACCAAAGAGUCUCAGAUUCAAGAGAACAUGAAAGCAGUCGAUGUCAUUCCAUUACUUACUCCUGUUGUGAUGGAAAAGAUUGAGGCUGUUGUUCAAAGCAAGCCAAAGCGCCCUGAUUCAUACAGAUGAACUGCAAGGUUUUCAUUCUCGGAUGCAUCAUAUAUAUGCAUUAAGUGGGAGGCUCCGUCAUCCUGGUGCACUGGAGUGGAAAUUCUUGGUGAAAUUAAUUGGUGUGAUUGAUGUGAUUUCCCCAUGGCGACUUUUUUUGUCUUUGUUUUUCUUUAUGGUAUUUUAAUUAUGCCUUUUCUUGGGUUUGAAAGCCUUCCAAAUUUAUUUUAGGAGCAAAGGAUUAACGACUUGAAAUUUAGGUUUUACAUUAUUUUUGCUUAUUAAAAUAACAGAUUGGCUUGGAUGGUUUUAAUUUUUUUUCUCGUGUCAAACUAUAAUUUUGGAUUUUGGGAAUUGUUUUUUGU